AUGUGUAGAGAUCACAUUCGUGAGAGUAAAGCACCGAAGCAAGAGAUGGUGAACAGCGUGGUCCAUGAAGUGGAUGGGAUCAGGAGCGCCGCGCUGCUGGUCGCAGGCUGCGCGCUCGGCCUGCGCCUGGGCCGCGGGCGGGGGGCAGCGGAUCGCGGGGUUCUCGCCUGGCUCGGCUAUGACGCCCUGGUGCACUUCGUUCUGGAAGGCCCUUUUGUCUACUUGUCUUUCAUAGGAAACAUUGCCGAUUCUGAUGGCUUGAUUGCCUCAUUAUGGAAAGAAUAUGGCAAAGCUGAUGCAAGAUGGCUUAAUUUUGACCCAACCAUUGUGUCUGUGGAAAUUCUGACAGUUGUCCUGGAUGGGUCUCUGGCAUUGGUCCUCAUGUAUGCCAUAGUCAAAGAGAAAUAUUAUCGGCACUUCAUACAGAUUACUCUGUGCGUGUGUGAAUUGUAUGGAGGGUGGAUGACCUUCUCCCCAGACUGGCUUUUGGGAAGCCCCAACCUCAACACCAACAAUUGGCUCUACUUUUGGGUCUAUCUGGUAUUUUUCAAUAGUGUGUGGGUUCUGAUCCCAGGUUUGUUACUGUGGCAGUCGUGGGUAGAACUCAAGAAAAUGUGUCACAAAGGAACCAGCUUAGGGAAGAAGUUCCAGUGAAUUUUCAAAAAUCAUAAACGUUAUUAUCUUGCUUUACAGGCCAGAAUGGAUCAAAGCUUUUUGUUUGGCUUAAAUUGAAUACACCCCAGUCUACACUUUCUUUUAUAUUAUUCCUGAACAACCUACUUCAAAUUGAUUAUAAGGUGGCAAGGUUUUGUUGUUGGUUUAUUUUUUCAAUUAAAUGGCAAUAUAGAGAACAAAGAAUAAAUUUUAACUUGUAAUAAUCACAUAAUUAUAAAUGUUUAUAUCUAAAAUUAAUUGUUCUAUAUUAAUAGAGCCAAUAAUCACAAAAUAUAGUAGAGCAUGUUAUAAUUUUUUAUUCCAAAGAACAUGUUGUUACUUCAACUUUUAAUCUUCUCACUAGUCUUUUCAUUACCAAAGGGAAACCAGAAAUGAAAUAAAUGCUUCUGUUUUACAUUUA